AUGCCGACACUGGACUGGGACAUUCAACGAGGUGAAGAGAUCAGUGGCUAUCGCUUCAAAGACAAGAAUCUUUUAGCGCAGGCACUAAGCAGCGCAACUAGAGACUACGAUAAAGACACUGGGCAAGUUGUCCACUCCGACGGAAACCGGCGUCUGUCGAAGAUUGGCCACAAAGCCAUAGAGUUUGCAUUGGCGAAGGAAUGGUUCCUUCGAGAGCUCGACCACGGUUUGUAA